AUGCUCUGGCGGACGAAAUCCCAUCACAGUCAGGCCUCCGAGCAGGACGCCUCCCUUUCUAAAACCGCGUCCGCGUCCAAGAACGACCCUGCCGCCUCCGCCACUGCGGCCGCAGGCACCGAAUGGCUGGCCGGCCACUUGAACCACCUUACACCGGAGCAAGAGGAGAAACUGGCCGAAUUUAAGACGGUCUGUGCUGAGCAUGGGUACUAUACUGCAGCUGUGGAACCAACUGAGGGUGCGGAGGAGAAGCCUGCUAGCCACAAUGAUGCAACCUUGUUGAGAUUUUUGCGAGCCCGUAAGUUUGAUGUUGAGGGUGCGUGGGGUCAAUUCAAGGAAACCGAGGAUUGGCGCAAGGAGAAUGCCAUCGAGUCAUUGUAUGCGAAUAUUGGCGUGGACUCGUAUGAAGCGUCGCGACGAAUGUAUCCUCAAUGGACUGGCCGUCGUGAUCGCCGUGGUAUCCCGAUCUACGUCUUCGAGAUCCGCCACCUUAACUCGAAGGAGAUGGCCGCUUACAACUCAACCAUGAACACUGGGACCCCCGAGAGUCACAAGUCCUCUUCUGUUCCCGCAAGAUUGCUUAACCUCUUUGCGCUUUACGAGAAUCUGCUCGGUUUCGUCAUGCCGCUUUGCUCUUCUUUGCCCAGACCCAAUCCCGAAACACCUAUUGUAGCCUCCACAAACAUCGUCGACGUGAGCGGUGUUGGAUUGAAGCAGUUUUGGAACUUGAAGAGCCAUAUGCAAGAUGCUAGUGUAUUGGCCACCGCCCAUUACCCCGAAACUUUGGACCGAAUCUUUAUUAUCGGCGCGCCUGCUUUCUUCCCCACUGUCUGGGGAUGGAUCAAGCGUUGGUUCGACCCUGGCACCACGUCCAAAAUCUUUAUUUUGUCCGCCUCGGAGGUGAAGCCCACACUCAGCUCUUUCAUGGACACCUCCAACUUCCCUGAGCAGUAUGGUGGCGAACUGAAGUGGCAAUGGGGCGACAUGCCGAACACGGACAGAGCUGCCAACGAACUGCUGAAGAAUGUACAGGUUGAAGCGGGCGACAAGACGGAAAUUCUGAAAGGUCCGAUACUAUUCAAGGGCGAUCAGAUCGAAGUGUUGGGCACCGAAGACGGCAAGGAGCGACGGAACGCUGUCCCCGUGCCAGUUUCCCGCACAGAACAGCCCGCAUCUACAGAGAUCAAGGAGAAAAGCGAAAAGGCGACCGAGUCCUCGAGCAGUGAUGUUGAAACCCCUGUUCCUACAGAGAACGAGAAGGUGGCGGUAAACGUUGACCAGGUCGCAAGCGAAGAGACUCAGACCACUACCGUGGCAUAG